AUGCUGCCACCAGUGCUGUGUUACCUGCCCCGACCCCGGCCGCUCGAUGCCCUCUCCAGACGUCCCGAAGCCCUGACGGACGGGAUCGCCUGCUCACAGGCACCGCCCGGCCUCCGACACUGCCCGCUGUCUGUCCACUGGCCACAGGGAACAGUAAAGAUCAUCUCAAGACUGUUCCCACGGAGAACGUGCCGCGGGUCGCAGGCCUCUGGGGUCCCGCAGCCAUUUCCUCGGAGCUCCGCGGAGUGGGCGGGCGGGCGGGGUCGGCGCCGGUCACCGAGACUCGGGGCUAGAAGGGCCGACCGCGCCCUGAGCAGCGCCCCCGCGCGGAGGGAGGAGGCCCUCCCCCCACCCCCCCGCGCGCCUGCGCUCUGCGGAUCCCAGGCCGCGGUGAGCCGCAGGCCGACCCGCCCUCCCGCGGAGCGCCCAGCGGCCUGGGCCGGCUUUGUGGCGGCGGGGCAGGGACGGCGCUCGGCCAUCAGCCGCGCUCUCAAGUUUCUGCUGGACUCGGAGCGCAGCACGCCGGCCCCCCGCCUCUCGUCCCCGCACGCACGACCGCCCCGCAGGGCCUGCGAGGAAAAGGGGGACGGUCACUGCCCAGAAAGGGGAAAGGGGGUCUGGCCGAGGGUCACAGCCCUCCACCUGGAUGUUCUUCACUCGGUGCGCCGGCCCCAGCCAGUCCCCAGACACGCCACAGAUGGACCGCGGGGCACUGUGCGCACCGCACGCCUCUGCCCCGAGGGCAGGAGCUCCUCCGUAGCCCCCAUGACGUAGGCGACUCAACGGCCUCCCGC